ACUGAAUUAGGUUAGUGAACGAUCUGCAUUUUCCCAUCCCAUUGUCAUUCUACAAUUCGAACAUUUUCUGACAGUUGUUGGUUUUUGUUGUUGUUUGAGUUCGUUCAAUCCAUUCAACCAUUCUCUGAUUCAAUUCCAUUGGAUUGACUGGAAUUCAGUUGUGAGUUUUCAUUCGAAUCGUUAUGUCGUGAAAUUUCAGACGCGGUUGUUCGUGCGACAGUAGAAUUGCAAUAAAUAUAUGUACACAUAAAACCUGUUGGAAGAGUGUCUAAAUUGCAUUUUAUUGCAAAUAAUUGUUGAUUUAUUUUGUUGUGAGCAAUAUUUUUUACGUGCUUAGCCAGUUUUUGGUAAAAUAAAAUAUAUGGCGACAACGCGGCGCCGCUUUUGUAUUUCAUGGAUAAAAAUCCGUUGUUGCGCUGCCGAAUAGUCGCAGUUGCGCCGACGCCGACGUUUUCUGUAUGAGAGUGAAAGAGAUACAGUGAUAUAUGUGUUUGUUGUUUAACACGUUAAAAUUUGGAAUUCCGAACGAAAUUUUGCAUAAAAAAAUAAACAAUAAAAAUAUGGUAUUACCUUCGCUAAACUAAACAAAAAAGUGUUAUUACAAAUAAAGAGAUAUCAAUAGUGUAAAUAAGUUGUAAAAACAUAAAAUACAAAUACCAAGGAGUUUAGUACGGAUACUGAAGGCGGUUAUUUCUAAAGUUCGGUCUCUUAUUUCAGUUGAGGACGUUCAGCCCCAAAUUAUUUGAUAAAAUAAAAGUGCUCAUCAUUAAUCCCAUGAAUAAAUCUGGCUGAAAAAAAUUUCGUAGAGCACGGUGGCAGUUGAUCCGGCAACAACUAGAUACCCAAAUGCUAGACGCAUCCGCAAUUUUUCGUAUGCAAGUUUUUAAGUAUGACACACGAUAGAAAAAUGCUUGAUCGAGAAGCCGUACGUUCUGUUAUCCAGCAAUGGAAUGCGAACCGGUUGGAUUUGUUUGCCCUAUCCGAACCAGAUGAAAAUCUUUUAUUUCAUGGCGUUAUGCGUUUUUAUUUCCAAGAUGCUGGACAAAAAGUAGCAACUAAGUGUAUUCGUGUGGCCUCUGAUGCCACCGUUUCAGAUGUUAUCGACACUCUAAUCGAGAAAUUCCGUCCCGACAUGCGAAUGUUGUCAGUGCCAAAUUACGCCCUGUAUGAAGUUCAUGCGAAUGGGGAGGAGCGCCGCUUGAACCCUGACGAAAAGCCGUUGCUUGUACAGUUGAACUGGCAUAUUGACGAUCGAGAGGGUCGAUUUUUGCUUAAAAACAUAGACCAAAAAACAACGCCGAUUGAACAGUCCGAAAUGAACUUUAAACGAAAAUUGUCUAAGCGUGAAAAGAAGGAGCAAAAAAAGAAGGAAAAACUCGCAAAACUAAAUUCUGAGUCGACAGCUGGUGGCGUCAACGGUGGCAUUGCCAACGGUGGCGUAGAGGGUGAAACUCAGGUGGCAGGCAAACUGUACACGGAGUUACCAGAGACGUCAUUUACGCGCUCAAUAUCCAAUCCAGAAGCGGUUAUGCGCCGCAGACGACAACAGAAGCUUGAAAAGAAGUUGCAACAAUUUCGUUCACGUGAUGGUGGACCUGACACUGGUGGCACAUUGAAGAUUUACGGUGAGAGCUUAUGUCAAGAUGUGCCAUACAAAACAUUGUUGCUGUCGAUACGAGAUUGUGCACAAGCAGUCGUGAGGGAAAUGUUGGCGAAAUAUGGUUUGGACAAAGCUGAUCCCUUACACUAUUGUCUGGUGCAGGUAAACAGCGAUGGUACAGAAUACAUACUAGACGAUGAUGAAUGCCCGCUAUCGAUACUGAUGAACCAUCCAACAUCGCGAGGUUCCAUUAUGUUCCAUGUGAGGAGGCGUCCAGCGGACUCUCAACCACGUCGGCGAAAGAAAAAACCGCUAGGUGCCUCAAACGGAGCGAACAGCAUAUCCAGCGAUCGGGAGGGUGCAGUUCUGGUCGAAGUAACACAUAGUGGCGACGGUGGUCGUCGCAUUAAAUUAGGCAGUGAUCCAAUCGAGGUCGGCUCUGCAAACACAAAUACUUUGCAAUUAUUUGGACCAUCUAUUCAAGCGCGCCAUUGUCUUAUUUCAUUGUUAGAGGGUGUUUGUACUGUGACUCCACUGCAUACCGAUGCCUUAACUUUUGUCAAUGGCCAUCAUAUAACACAGCCCACCAUUCUGCAUAACGGCUCUGUCGUAAUGUUCGGACGAGUCGCUUCAUACAGAUUUGUGGAUUCACCGACCGAUGGACGAUAUAAUCUGGCAUUAUCUCAGUCCCAAUUGGACUCAGCCUGUCUUUACGAAAGCCGAUCACCAACUUCGCCUGGCUCAUGGAACGAUGAAGAUGGCUUAUUGAAUUCGGUUCAUAAAAAUGACAGUGCAGGCACCACCAGCAAUAACAGUGGAAAUGUGGGUGGAGGCGUAAGUGCCACCGAUCAAUCUUUGGGCACACGUGAUCAAGAUGAUAACAAGCAGCGAACAGGAGAUCAUCAUAGUCAUGCUGGCAGUUCAGCUUUCGAUGGUCAAAGUAUUGAGGGUAACUUGGAGAACGAAACCAAGUCCAUUUCGAGCUUGAAGUCAGGGGGCUCCAAUAGCCAGGAGAGGUCGCCGAAAAUUGGGAGUGGAGUGGAGAAUCAAGGACAGGAAGCUAUUUUACCAGCUGUCUUGGAAUUUCCUGAAACACAUCAGGAACUAUUCCUAAGGCAUAUUAUAUCGGAGUUGGAUGUGAAUGCGCCGCAUUUUAAAUUGGCGCCCGUAUAUUCACUGUAUUUGUGUGCCAGGUAUCGCGCAUCGACUCACUAUCGACCAGAACUUCAACCCACUGAACGUGCACAUAAGCUAACGAUAUUUCUGCAUCAUGUGGCCAAUUUGAUAUAUACCGUUGUACAGGAACAAUAUUCCGAUCCACGAAUUUUGGCUUUUUGGAUGGCAAAUAGUUCAGAGUUCCUACAUUUUCUAAAAUCGGACCGUCAUAUCAGUGCUUUUAGUGUGCAAGCACAAGAGGUGUUGGCUGAAAGCGUACAAACCGCCUUUCGUAAUUUGGUGAACUGUUUCCGCAUGGAACUCUCACAGACAUUAAAUCAAUUUCUAUCGGAAACCAUUGACCAUGAUUCGGCCGCGGGUUUGGUUUUGACAGUGCUUGGGUCCGCAAUGGCAUUGUUGCGUCGUUGUCGAGUUAAUGCUGCACUGACAAUUCAACUAUUUAGCCAGCUUUUCCAUUACAUAAAUGUGAUUUGCUUUAACACGAUUGUGGCUAAUUCUCACAUGUGUACUGCAGAAUGGGGCAAAGUGAUGUCUGAGCGACUCCAGCUACUAGAGUUAUGGGCUGAACGUCAGGGUCUUGAACUAGCAGCCGAUUGUCAUUUGGCCAAAAUAAACCAAUGCGCUCAAUUUCUGCAGGCACCCAAGUCGUCAGUCGAGGAAAUACAGCAAUUGGCAUGCUCUUGUUUCCGAUUGAACUCGUUGCAAAUGUCAGCCCUAUUGCAACAAGAGAAGAUUCCGCGAAACUUAGUAGACACCGCAAUCAGAAUGGCUGAGUCGGUUGCAGAUGAGCUAACACGUUCGGAUGGUCGUGAGGUUCGGUUGGAAGAAUCGCCAGAACUGCAUUUAGCAUUGUUAUUGCCAGAUGAUGGUUUUAGUUGUGACGUUGUACGUGGUAUACCGUCUGGUUUGGUUGACUUUUUAAAUCCACUUCAACAACAAGGCAUGUGUCGCCUCGCUGCCCAACCGACUUCGAUUGGUUUAUGGACAGUUUAUAUGCAUCAAUUCAACGCCCGGUCAUCCAGCGCUAUGUCUAAUAAAUUGCCACAACCAGAGGUUCAAGUAAUAAAAUUGCACAAGAAUGCAAAUGGCAUGGGCUUGUCCAUAGUCGCUGCCAAGGGCGCCGGCCAGGAACGUUUAGGGAUAUACAUAAAGAGUGUUGUACCUGGUGGUGCCGCUGACGCUGACGGACGCCUCCAAGCAGGCGAUCAACUGUUGCGUGUCGACGGACAGAGUUUAAUUGGCAUAACUCAAGAGAAGGCGGCGGACUAUCUUGUACGCACUGGCCCAGUAGUCACUUUGGAGGUGGCAAAGCAAGGAGCUAUUUAUCAUGGUUUGGCAACUUUACUACAACAACCAAGUCCAGUCAUAGCGCGAGGUAAUCGUCGCAUGUCUGAACGUGACCUAACACGAAUGAGCGGAACAGAAUCCAAAACCGUUGGUCCCCUCAUACCUAAUAAUAAUUUAUCUAAUAGUAAAUCAGUACCAGCACUGCACCAUCACACUGGAAGUGGUACUAUUUCCAUGAAUGUUUCGAAAUCACGCAGCACACACAGCCUAGUUACCAAUCCCAAUACCAGCAGCAAUAUAACUGGCGGUGUCAACAGCCUAAACAACAACGAACAGGGUUUCUAUCAGAACUUAAGCGUUUAUCGUGCACAAAAUCAAAGCCAACCGAUUUUAACCCAAAGGCCGGCAAUGUCACUACAUUCCGCGAUAAACACACACCCUGGAAACUCCCACAACGGACCGAAUUCCAUAUUGACUCCAACAAAUGGAGCUUCAUCAAUGCACCACCCAGUAUUUACAUCACAACAACAGCAGCAGCAACUACACCAUUUAUCUAUGACUUCCCCGACGGGAUCUAAUAAUAUGCCACCAACGCGCCCAGCGUCUGCUUAUUAUCAUAACUCGGCCAAUCCGUCCAACAGUGACUUAACGUCAGCAAGCAAUAAUCAACUUCAACAGCAUUUGGCGGCACAUCAACCGCAACAGCAGUUUAUGCACCAUACACAUAAUAUCAGCGCUAGUAGCACCAAUUUAAAUAGUGGCAGCAUGUCUGCAGCGACCCUGCAACAAUAUCAACAGCAACAGCAGCAGCAACUUUUGUCGCAAAUGGCGCCUCACUCUUCAUUAACGAUGGGAAACCGUUCUCGGAGUACCCAGAAUUUCAAUCGGGACAUGCAGAAUCAACAUAGUUUGCGAAUGCAGCAAAUAAUGGCCCCUUCCAUGCCAAACAUAAGUGGUAUAUAUCAGCAGCAACAUAUGUCGGCAAGUCAGAGCAUGCAAAAUGUAAACAUGAGUGGAAUUGAUCCCACCAUCGCAUACCAGAAUGGCGCCGUUGGUGAUGGGUAUAUGCAACAGCCGCAGCAACAGCAGCACUCGCCAGCCGCUCAGACCUUGCGACGUAAUCCUCGGCAUGAGUUGCUAUCGCAAGGUGGCAGCGACGGAGCACAACACCUUUCUAAUGUUAUGCAGCAACAGCAGCAGCAGAACUUUGUUUCAUUGCCGCCGAAACCAGGCAACAUGCAGCAAGUGUCCCCAACGAAGCAACCGCAACAGGCACAACAAUUGCCACCAACGGCACCGAAACCACAACCAAACCGAAUGCAACAGCAACAGUAUAUGCAACAACAACAACAACAACAACAGCAACAAGCACAGCAGCAACAGCAGAACACAUUAUAUCAACAAAGCGUCGAAGACAAACCACCACUGCCGCCUACAGCUACGCACCCGCUCUUCAAGCCAAGCCAACAAAUUACACCCGGAAUGAACUAUGUCGCCAGCUCAAUAGAUCCGCCAAAAGGUGGGUAUAUGCCUAUUUCGUCUGUUGCGGCGCUACAAAACCAGAAAAACUUUAUAGGCACUAAUCCCUGGGAACGCGAAGAACGGGAAAAGGAGGUCGAAAUGCGACGAGAGCACAUACGUCAGUGGCGGGAGCAACAAAUUGCCGAGCUUUCUUCAUUGGUGCAAAGAACAACUCAACAGGAAGAACAACUGAAAACUCUAAUUCUAGAGCGUGAUUUUGAACGGCGAGCACUCGAGGUGGAGGAACACGAAGAUGAGAGCGAACCCUCAUAUGAGAAAGAGAGCGUGCAAGAAGCUUUGCGACAACAAACGAGCUCCAUGCAAACUCCGUUAUUGAAUUUCAGGCAGGCCGAGGUUAAAACUGCAACCAUGUUGGACAAUGCUGGCGGUGGCAACAACAGUAGCGCGGGAUCAAUGGAAGCGUCACCUUUGUCAUCGGCGCGAAACUCAGCUGCUGGGGGUUUUGAUUUGGCCCCAGGGCAACAACAACAACAACAACACCAACCACCACCUCUGCCGAAUAAUCCACCGCCAACGGCAGGGCCUGUUGCAACAACAAUAAUGCAGCCAAAAAGUAUUCUGAAAAACAAUCGUUACGAUAGCGGCACUGGCACAGCACCAUCAUCACCGUCCAAAUCUCAAAAAUCAACAAGUUUUGCGGAUGAUCGGCACUUGCAAACAGAACACCCCAUAUCAAGUUUGACCAAAGACAUUUCACAAAUGUCAAUUAACAGCUUAACGUCUACAGAAGGCUUAUCACCAUCUCAUGAUGCAACCACAGAUAAUUCAACGGUUCCACCACCUCCACCACCAGAGCGUAAUAGCUCAUAUCUUAUCAUGUCUCAGCAAAAAGUACGUAACUCCUCCAUUGGUCUUCUGAAAACGGCCACCAGUAAUUCAGCUGAUUUGCUUAAUCAGAACCAGAAUUUAGCCAAGAAAGCUAAUAUGUUGAAUAAUAAUGCAAUUAUAAACAACAACAAUAGCAAUGCAAACUCACCCACCUCGAUUGCAUCUGUCAAUGCCGCAACGAUGAACAGCAACAGUAUGUCACAAAUGUCAACUGGGGAACUGUCACAGUCUGGCUAUGUGAACAAUAUGUUGUUACGGGAUAAUAAGCGUGUUUCAUUCCACGACGAGGAGAACAACUACAUGAGCUCUGGGCAAUUAUAUGGAACAAGCGGUACAAGCGGAUCCGCUUUCGAUAUGUAUGCGACGAAUGCCGAUUCUCAAAUUCCUCUAGAUCUGGACGCCAUACUCGAGGAUAGAAAUCAUCGUGCGCGUAUGUUCGACAAUACCGUUUUAGAAACAAUGCCAACCACCCCAGAUUCCGUUCUUUGGAAUACAACAGUGCAAUCCACCCCAGGCGUUAUUGGAGCACAAGAAGUGUAUAGGGAUCCACGCCAGCGACGACUUGCUGAGAAGCAGCAGCAGCAACAGCAACGUAACACGGAAGCUGUGCCAGAGAAAUUAUCGUUCAAGGAAAAAAUGAAAAUGUUUGCCCUGGAAUCAGGGGAAGAUAAUACGCCUAAAGACAAGCUGAAAAUCUCAAGAGCGCAAAGAGAUAUUGAUGCUGUGCACUGAAAUGUAUGCACACCUCCACCUCUCACCUCUUACCUCCCGAACACCCACACCCCCAACACAUGUACACAAUUUAAUAAUAGUAAAGGGGCAAUAAACCCUUAACGAAUUUCAAAUAUAUUUAACUUAAAUAUAAAAUGAGGGGGGAAUAUUAAACAAAAAAUGAGUAUAUAUAUGACUAGAUUUCAGUAAAAUGUUAAUUUAGUUUUAGCUGAGUAUCUAAUUUACACAAAAAUUUUAAUGAGGACAACAAUAAUAAUGAAUAUGGAAUAUUAUAUUAUUGUUCCUUAAGUGAAAUGUAUAGUAUUUUAAUCGAGUAGUUGCAGCUAUAAACAAGAUAAUUCAAUAAUUUUCUUCAUGUGUAGACUUAGAUUAAGAAGAACAGUAAUGGAAAUGGGAAAGAAGGAUGCAAAAUGAGUUAAUCACUCGAAAUAUUUAUUGAUUUAAUUAAAAAUGGAAAUAUUUAUGUUUGUUAGAUCAUACAUAGUAAUUAGUAAUUGUCGAAGAAUGAAUUUCUCUUCGAAGCUGAAGCAGGCAACAAGACCACGAAAUUCAGAAACUAACUUUAUAAAACAAAUUAUCCAAGUAACAAAUUUUUACACAAUUUAGCUAGUGUGUGUUAUUAUACACCAGCAUAAAAAAAAAUCCACAUACAAACAAAUAUAAAUGAACAUAUAUUUUAUAUCCACUUAUUGCAAAUGUAUAUUUUUUGUAAUCUUAAAACAUACUCGAAUAAAUUGACAUAAAAAUCAACAAUAAAGCAGCUGAUGUUACCACUUAGCAAAACUUUAAAAACAGUAGAAACUAAUCGGGUUUCUUUACUUUUAACUAUGGCUUUAAUGAGAGAACCUUAAAUGAAUGUAUGGAAUAUGAAAUUAUUGUUUGUACAAAAAAAUUUAAACAGAUAUUUACAUAUAUGUAUCAUUAAUGAGGUAUAGAAAUUAUGACUAAAUGAUUAUAUUUGACUUAGCAAAUACAUGCAUACUUUUGUAUAUGGAUUGACAGAUUAGGGAUGAAAUUGAAUUUUAUGCGCAUUCCAGCAUUGUUCGUGUUAUAUGAAAUGUGGCGUCAAUUGCAAUGUAUUUCCAAUUGUACAUUUCGUUCGAUUUAAACAUUUUGUGUAUACUUUUCGUAUUAAGUAAUUUCGUAUUAUAUGCCUACUUAUAAUAUAAGCUUCAAAAGUUCUUUUAAAAACUGUUCAUAACAGUUGAAUAAAUCAAAAUAUAUGUACAAUAUUUCAAAGGAAAUUAAUUAAUGUUUUUGUGUUUUUGAUUUUCAGUCUUUUAAUAUAGUACUUAUACUAUUAACGAUUAUGACUAAUAUUAAACACUGCUUUGAUAUGUAUAUUUAUACCUAUUUACUAACACAUAGGCCACUUAUGACCCUAUUUGUGACUUACAAACCGAAAGUGCAUUCUUAUUUACCAAAUAUAAUUCGAUCCACCGUCGAUCGUUAUUUUA